UUAAGAGCAGCAAGUAACUUUAAUAAUUAUAAAAUAUUUAACUAAUAUUCAAAAUGAAAUUACACCUAGCAUUUGUUGUGAUAUUAUUAAUUGUAAUUGUUAAGUUCCAUAACUCAGAAGCUCAGGAUACUUCACUUGAUAAAUUAUAUGAUCGAAUGAACAAACCAAAGAGCGAUGACAAUGUGAUCAACGGAAAUAAUAAUAAAGACCGAGUUCAGGUUAAUGGAAAGGAGUUGGUUAAUGAAACGGCUCAUGAUAAUAAAAAAGAUCAUGAUCAUAAAAAGAAUACUACUUCAAAUGCCAAUGUAUUGAAUACAGCAUUCUGGUUGAAUGGUUGCAUUUUAGCUCAAUUAUUGUACUUUUUAAUGAGAAAAUGUUUAUAAUAAGUUUAAUAUAAUAAUAA